GAGUAAAAUUUUAUGUUCGAUUCUCGAUUAAUGCCUUUUACCAUGAUCACUAUAUAACCGUUGGUUUGGAUAGUGAUAUUGAUCAUUGAGAGACCAAAUAAAGCCUACCACCACAAAACACCAAACCAAACUGCAUAUCACUAAUUAGAAAUCCAACGGUCAUGUUGUCUAAACAUUCCCUUGUCUACCUCUUAUUGGUUGUCGUCGGUGCCGCCUUUUUAAUCCAUCGGACCACCGCCACUGACCACAUUGUUGGUGCCAAUAAGGGAUGGAACCCAGGAAUCAACUACACUAGUUGGGCUAAUAACCAAACCUUCUAUGUUGGUGACUAUAUAUCAUUUAGGUACAAGAAAUCAGAGCACAAUGUAUAUAAAGUGGACAAGAGAGGAUAUGAGAAGUGCAGUAUAGAAGGAGCAAAGGGAAACUGGAGCAAUGGAAAAGACUUUAUACAAUUAAAUAAACCAGGAAGAUACUACUUUAUUUGCGGCAUUGGUGGUUGUUCUGAUGGUAUGAAAGUUUCCGUGGUUGUUCACUCGCUUCCUCCGCCACCUUCAGCCGCUAUUUCCGCCACUAAACACUCAUCUGAAUCCACUAAACACGACAAGUCUGCUGCUGCUAAUGUUUAUUCCGGGCAGUUAAUGGUGGCUGUUUUAUGGGCUUUGUUAUUGGGUUUAGUUGUUUCUACUAUCUUCAUGGGAAGACUUGUCUAAGAUUUUAGAAGUGGAUACUCAUUAGUGAUUUUCAUUUUUGGUAUUUAUGGUUGAAUUUUGUUUCGUGAAGAUAAUUGUUUUAAGGUAAUGGAGAAACUUGAUGA